AUGGGAACUAAAUGGAGGAAGAUGAAACUGGCUCUGGGUCUCAAUCUCUGCACGUACCUACCACGAACCCUAGAGGAUCCACCCUCUGCUUUGAAUUCCUCGGAGAGAUUAUCCGAUGUUGCUCUGCUCUCUCCUCUUAACUGGCCCAUGACCCCAACACCGUCCUCUCACGGUCUCAAAUUAUCCAGAAACAGCUCUAAAUCUUCAAAGACUUGUUCUAUAUGCUUGACUAAGAUGAAAGAAGGAGGAGGCCAUGCGAUUUUCACAGCAGAGUGCUCUCACUCGUUUCAUUUCCACUGCAUUGCUUCGAAUGUGAAACACGGGAACCAAGUCUGCCCAGUGUGCCGUGCCAAAUGGAAAGAGAUCCCAAUGCAGCACCCAAGUUUUGAUCUUCCUUAUCAGUUUGCUCGACCUUGUAACAACGACGCAGCUAUUAGCCUCGCGCACCGCUUACCUAUGCCUCGUCGAGUCACCAAUCAAGGACGAGUUCUUGCUCCUGAGCCGUCUGUGUUCAAUGACGAUGAACGGCUAGAGCAGCAGCUUGGAUUUUCCGGGAAGAGCUAUGGUGAUGAUGCUUUGGAGAACAAUCAUCAUCCUGUAAGAAUGAUGGACUUGAAGAUAUACCCUGAGGUUUCCGCUGUGCCACGAGCUGAGUCCCGUGACAAGUUUGCUGUGUUGGUGCAUCUAAGAGCUGCUGCUAUGGUUACCGGAAGUGCAAACUCCCUCAACAAUCAGAUUUCUUUGUAUCCUCGAGCUCCGGUUGAUCUUGUCACGGUUCUUGACAUCAGUGGUAGCAUGGCCGGAACUAAACUGGCUCUACUGAAACGAGCAAUGGGGUUUGUGAUUCAGAACCUUGGUUCGAAUGAUAGGCUCUCGGUUAUUGCUUUCUCUUCCACUGCUCGUCGUCUAUUCCCUUUGACCAAGAUGUCUGACGCUGGAAGGCAGAGAGCACUUCAAGCUGUGAACUCAUUGGUUGCAAAUGGUGGGACUAACAUCGCUGAAGGUCUUAGGAAAGGUGUAAAAGUGAUGGAAGAUCGAAGAGAUAAAAACCCUGUCGCUAGCAUUAUCCUUUUGUCUGAUGGGCGAGACACAUAUACCAUGAACCAGGCUGAUCCAAACUACAAGUUGCUGCUUCCAUUGUCUAUGCACGGUUUGUUUCAGAUCCCGGUUCAUUCUUUUGGUUUCGGAUCAGAUCAUGAUGCUUCACUGAUGCACUCUGUCUCUGAAACCUCUGGAGGAACUUUCUCUUUCAUUGAGAGCGAGUCUGUGAUCCAAGAUGCUCUUGCACAGUGCAUUGGUGGGCUUCUUAGCGUUGCGGUACAAGAGCUACGGUUAGAAAUCGAUGGUAUGUGUUCAGAUGUUCAUCUUAGCUCGAUAAAAGCCGGGAGCUACCCGAGCAUCGUUGCUGGUGAUGGACGGUCAGGAUGUGUGGACAUAGGUGAUCUUUACGCUGAUGAAGAGAGGGAUUUCUUGAUUUCUAUCAACAUCCCAGCUCAGAGAGAUGGUGACGAGACAACGCUUGUGAAAAUGAGAUGUGUCUACAAAGAUCUGUUGACAAAAGAAACCGUGACGCUUCAAAGUCAUGUGCUGAAGAUUCAAAGACCUGAAACCGUUGGUGACGAAACAGUUGUGUCCAUCGAAGUGGACAGGCAAAGAAACAGGUUUCUUGCUGCUGAGGCGAUGGUAAAGGCGAGAGGUUUAGCGGAGGGAGAAGAUUUAGCAGCAGCUGUUACCGUUAUACAGAAUUUUAGACAGGUUUUGGGUGAGACGGUGUCGGCAAGAUCGAAUGAUGGGUUUUGUGUGGCUUUAGACAGAGAGCUGAAGGAAAUGCAAGAAAGAAUGGCGAGUAGGCAUGUCUACGAGGUAUCAGGAAGAGCUUACAUUCUCUCUGGACUAAGUUCACACUCAUGGCAAAGAGCAACAUCGAGAGGAGAAUCAGGAGAUGGUUCAAGCUUUGUCCAAGCUUAUUACCAGACUCCAUCAAUGGUUGAGAUGCUACACCGAUCUCAAGCUACUUCGCAUCAUAGACUCAUUCAGCCCUUGCUGUCAUUUGCAUCUCAACCGAAGCCAAGAUGA